GCAGGGGACAAACACUACCAUCCCAGCUGUGCACGAUGCAGCAGGUGCAACCAGAUGUUCACAGAAGGAGAAGAGAUGUACCUGCAAGGUGAUUAGCUAGAUGGGCUGACGUUAUGAUUGGAGCAUUUUAAGGGUUAUUACGGUAUAGCUGGGUUGGUUUAGCCUGGUAUCAGAUCUGCUGUAUAGCCAACACUUAAGUGUGACCAUAAAUGUUGGCAAGAUAGCACAAACAUAUCUGGGAUCAGGUUAGGUUUGGAUGUCUUUGUUUACUUAGACCAUCUGUCUCUGUUCUAUUCCACAGGAUCAACCGUGUGGCACCCUGGCUGUAAGAACACAACCAGAACAGAGGAGCGACAGAGGGAACGGGUAGGAAUCUAUCUGGACAUUAAUGACCUCUUGUACCUUGACCUUGUUUGCAUUGUGCAAGUGUCUCUUCUGUGUCAGCCAGUCCCAAUUUGCUCCCCAUACCCCUUCCCAUUGGACCUAAACCUUCGAUGUGUGCAGAUUUGUAAGGUGUAAGUAAUAAAUAAAAUCAAUGUUUAUUGGUCGCGUACACAGAUUUGUAGGUGUUAAAGCAGGUGCAGCGAAAUGCUUAUGUUACUAGCUCCAACAGUGCAGUAGAAUGUCUUGCAAAUACAAUACAAAUACACAAAUAAUCAAAAAAAUCCAAUCAAGAAAUAACAAUCCGAAGUAGAUAUAUUAGAGUGAGCAUGUUUGAGAAUAUAAAUACGUGGUGUCAAUAGACAGUAUAUAAUUUGGAAAAGAAAAUGGUAUGUACAGUAGUAGGUACAGUAUAUAAGGAUGAGUUAUGUUGAGAUUACAGUAUAUACAGACACAGUGAGUAAACAACAGUAUAUAAACAGAAUGAGGUGACCAGCGUUCAAUUACUUUAUACAUGGGGCAUUAGUCUCAAGGUGCAGGGCUGAGUACCAGGCAGGUAGCCGGCUAGUGAUGGCUGUUCAACAGUCUGAUGGCCUGGUCAUAGAAGCUGUUUCUCAGUCUCUCAGUCCCUGCUGAUGCACCUGUACCGUCUCUGUCUGCUAGAUGGUAGCAGAGUGAACAGACCGUGGCUCGGGUGGCUGAGGUCCUUAAAGAUCUUCUUGGCUUUCCUUCAACACCGAGUGCUGUAAAUGUCCUGGAGGGCAGGCAGCGUGCCCCCGGUGAUGCACCACCCUCUGGAGAGCCAUGUGGUUGAGGGCGGUGCAGUUGCAGUAGCAGGUAGUGAUGCAGCCCGACAGAUGAGUAUGGUGGAAGCUCCACCACUACACGGCCUAUACCAACCCAGACCCCUCAGAUCUGCAAACAUCAAAAAGUUGGGGCUAAAGGGAAGGGGUAGGGAGCAAACCGAGACUGGCUCCGUUUGUGUUGUUACUGGUUUUUAGGAGGCUAAAAUGUAUUCAGUGAGCACAGCAUCAGGCUGCACAGAUACCUACAGUAUUUGCAGACACCUAAAGACACCUCCACUUUAACCCUAUGUCCAUCUUAUGUCUACAUCUGUAUGUAGUGUGUGUCCCUCACCCUGUGGUGGUUGUGUGCGUGUGAGCUGCAGGUUUGGGGUCAAUUCCAUUUAAUUUCAGUCAAUUCAGCAAGUAUUGAAUUAACUGAAAUUCCAAUUGAAAAGCAUUGAGAUUUUUUUUCUUGCAAUUAAAAUGUCAGUUAACUUCCGGAAUUGACUGAAUCGAAAUGGAAUUGACCAGAACCCUGGUGAGCUGUGACCUGGACAGCUGAAUGGGCUCCAUCUAAGUCAGGUUGGAGAGGAGGCACAAGGCACAGCACAGCCCUUGUGUGUGUGACCUCCUGUGAAGCCCCCCCCCCCCCCCCCCCUUCCUUGACAGCUGUUUCCUCCAUCACUAUUACUCCUUGACAAAAUAGAAGGGCUGGUACUGUAUUCUCUAUUGGCUAUUCGAUGGCAUCAGCCUGUGUUACUUCCUUCAUGAUGUUGCAUAGGUCGUAGGUGUCAGGGCGUGUGUAGGUGUGGUGUAGGAAAUCAGAUGCAGGACGCAGACGGUAGGUUCCAAAAGCUGUAUUCCGACCCAAACACAGGCAACAGGGCAACAAAGCCCAACAGCUAAACUACGCCAAAGGCGUGUAGGCAAAAUGCGCACAAAACAGGUGCGACAAAAUAUGUAGUGCACGAAACAAGUGCAAACGAGCUCCAGCGCAGUGGAGAGAAAUAUGCUCAACCGAGCAAACACUACACUGACGAAAACAAUCACACACAACACAAGACAAACACAACGAGAAACUUAUAGGAUACUAAUCACGUAAAACAGAAACAGGUGUGACACAAACAGACAAAAGCAAACGAACAUGAAAACAUAAAUCGGUGGCAGCUAGAAUUCCGGAGACGACGAACGCCGAAGCCUGCCCGAACAAGGGAGAGAGGCAGCCUCGGCCGAAACCGUGACAGUAGGACAUGAUUUAGUGUGUGCUGCCCCCGUGCUGGAGCCAGCCUGCAGUGCUAUUAUCUCUGUCUCUCAUUUGGAUCCAUAUCUGACCCAUUCACCAACAGCACUUAGACUCAGGCCCAUACAGUCACAUAUUAUCUCCUUAGCAAGGGCUAAAGGCAAGAACAUAUUUGAGGAGUAGACAUAAACAGGGUUCAAAUUAUACAUUAACUCUUGGGGAUGCCCAAUGUCUCUUGAGGGCACCCAAUUUGUUAUGGGGGUGCCCAGCCCCCCCUGUAAUUUGAGCCAUGGAUAUAAAUAUCAAACGACAUAUAGUGAUGGUUGUUUUCACCCAAACAACUCUCUUUAAAAAGCUCCCAUUUAUAGUAACCAUGUGGUUGUGAAAACAUGAUUAUAGUCAAUCAAUACAUGAAUUCAGGACUGUUGUUUCCAUCUGAAGUCCAUUUCCCAUGGGAAUGCAUGUGGUAUUUACAGUGUUAAGGACAUUACUAAGUCACAAUGCAAAUGCCCUCAUUCACUUUGCAAGAGGCAAAUGAAUGACAUCAUUGCAAGAUCAUGUGUUUGUAUUUUAUUUAAAGAUUGAAUCUACUUGUCAUGUGACAAUGUGGUGGAAUUUCAAAAACAAAGUUAGGUGUUAAACUGUGUUUUCUUUAUUUUCUUUAUUUAACCUUUAUUUAUCCAGGCGAGUCAAUUAAGAACAAAUUCUUAUUUACAAUGACGGCCUGAUUAAUUCUUAUUUUCACCUCCUUUUGAUGUGAUUGAGUGGACAUAUUUCACUCAUCAUUUGCAAAUGGAGGCAAACAUAAUACUGUAGCAACUUUAAUCCAACACCUAGAAACCUCAUCAAGAGGUUCGGCUCUCUUGGCGUAACAGCUAAGGUGUUGGGUCACUGGACCCGGGUUCGAGUUCCAGUUGGGGCUGCCCCCCAAAUUCACUGCAAUACGAAUUGAAAAAGGAUGAGAUGCCAUGAGCCAACUGAAAGAUAACUAAACUAGUCCAGGGAGGUCCUUGAAUGUGGACAGAGAGAUUGACUUAUCCCUUUUUUGUUCUCCUCUUGCAGCCUUCAAGGUCGUCAUCCGAGAGUAUCUGUUCCAGACCUGGUUCAAGCAUACCCGGCUCACCAGGUCAUACCAUAUAUGUGAGUUCUGUCUACCAUACAACUACUCUCACACACGUACUGGGCUGGAUGUACUGCUUUUUUUUUUAUAUACGCCACUUCUCCCCUAGGGAAGCUUAAGAUAAAUUGUGAUUCCAUGUGUAAACUUUGUCUUAGUCGUAGACCUUAUUCUUACCGGUACAUCGAUUUUCUGUUCAGCCUUACAUCCAAAGCGGAAGGAGCCCUAGGCUUAUCAGACUCUCUUAUAGUUCCUCUACAGACCCUGACCACUGGGGUUGUUAGAAAUAGAGGGACUUUUUAGCUGCCCUAAUACUGGCUAGUGUUAACUCUUUGCAGUAGAUGUGUGCUUUUAGUUGUGUAUAACGUCUCUCGCUCUGUCUCUUUGUAUGUGUCGAUCUGUCUCUGUCUGUCUGUGUCCCUAGGCAAAAGUAGACGAUGAGAUCCUUGAUUACAGGGACCUAGCCGCCAUUCCCAAAGUCAAAGCCAUUUAUGAUAUAGAGCGCCCUGAUCUGAUUACCUAUGAGCCUUUGUACACCAUGUCCCUUGAUGAGAGGGAGGAGAGGAGAGAGAGUGUGGGAGAGGUAAAUAGCAUGCAACCAUGCAUGAACGUGUGUGUGUGUGUGUGUGUGUAUACAGUGAGGGAAAAAAGUAUUUGAUCCCCUGCUGAUUUUGUACGUUUGCCCACAGACAAAGAAAUUACCAGUCUAUAAUUUUAAUGGUAGGUUUAUUUGAACAGUGAGAGACAGAAUAACAACAAAAAAAACGCAUGUCAAAAAUGUUAUAAAUUGAUUUGCAUUUUAAUGAGGGAAAUAAGUAUUUGAACCCCUCUCAAUCAGAAAGAUUUCUGGCUCCCAGGUGUCUUUUAUACAGGUAACGAGCUGAGAUUAGGAGCACACUCUUAAAGGGAGUGCUCCUAAUCUCAGCUUGUUAACUGUAUAAAAGACACCUGUCCACAGAAGCAAUCAAUCAGAUUCCAAACUCUCCACCAUGGCCAAGACCAAAGAGCUCUCUAAGGAUGUCAGGGACAAGAUUGUAGACCUACACAUGGCUGGAAUGGGCUACAAGACCAUCGCCAAGCAGCUUGGUGAAAAGGUGACAACAGUUGGUGCGAUUAUUCGCAAAUGGAAGAAACACAAAAUAACUGUCAAUCUCCCUCGGCCUGGGGCUCCAUGCAAGAUCUCACCUCGUGGAGUUGCAAUGAUCAUGAGAACGGUGAGGAAUCCGCCCAGAACUACACGGGAGGAUCUUGUCAAUGAUCUCAAGGCAGCUGGGACCAUAGUCACCAAGAAAACAAUUGGUAAUACAGUACGCCGUGAAGGACUGAAAUCCUGCAGCGCCCGCAAGGUCCCCCUGCUCAAGAAAGCACAUAUACAGGGCCGUCUGAAGUUCGCCAAUGAACAUCUGAAUGAUUCAGAGGAGAACUGGGUGAAAGUGUUGUGGUCAGAUGAGACCAAAAUGGAGCUCUUUGGCAUCAACUCAACUCGCCGUGUUUGGAGGAGGAGGAAUGCUGCCUAUGACCCCAAGAACACCAUCCCCACUGUCAAACAUGGAGGUGGAAACAUUAUGCUUUGGGGGUGUUUUUCUGCUAAGGGAACAGGACAACUUCACCGCAUCAAAGGGACAAUGGACGGGGCCAUGUACCGUCAAAUCUUGGGUGAGAACCUCCAUUGAAAAUGGGUCGUGGAUGGGUAUUCCAGCAUGACAGUGACCCAAAACACACAGCCAAGGCAACAAAGGAGUGGCUCAAGAAGAAGCACAUUAAGGUCCUGGAGUGGCCUAGCCAAUCUCCAGACCUUAAUCCCAUAGAAAAUCUGUGGAGGGAGCUGAAGGUUCGAGUUGCCAAACGUCAGCCUCGAAACCUUUUAAUGACUUGGAGAAGAUCUGCAAAGAGAAGUGGGACAAAAUCCCUCCUGAGAUGUGUGCAAACCUGGUGGCCAACUACAAGAAGCGUCUGACCUCUUUGAUUGCCAACAAGGGUUUUGCCACCAAGUACUAAGUCAUGUUUUGCAGAGGGGUCAAAUACUUAUUUCCCUCAUUAAAAUGCAAAUCAAUUUGUAACAUUUUUAACAUGCGUUUUUCUGGAUUUUUUUGUUGUUAUUCUGUCUCUCACUGUUCAAAUAAACCUACCAUUAAAAUUAUAGACUGAUCAUGUCUUUGUCAGUGGACAAACGAACAAAAUCAGCAGGGGAUCAAAUACUUUUUUCCCUCACUGUAUGUGUAAGCAUGUGCGCGCGUGCAUAUGUGUGUGCGUGUGUGACGCAUCAUGUUAAAAUGAUCAAGCCCUCAUUCUGAAGUUGCAAGCUGUGCCGGGUAAGUAUUGGUUUGUGAGAAAACAGCUGUGUUGCAUUAAUUCAUAUCCAUUUUCUAAAUUUCUCCCCCCUAGAAAGUAAUGUGUUAGACAAUAAAUAUGUCUGUUGUUUCAGGGAGGAAGGCUAACACUUUGUGUACAUUUCGUAUCUAGUAAUAAUAAUAAUAAUAAUAAUAAUACAUUAUAUUUAUACAGCGCUUAUCAAGGACCCAAAGUCUAAUGUUAACGUCACAUUCAGGUUCUUGACAAACUCAGCCAUAUAAAGGAAACCUAUUAUUGACACAUGAGAGUGCUCAGUCAUUUUCUGUGUCCACAGCUCCAUACUGCGAGAAGGGAGCGUUCCCCCAUGCCAGAUGACAAGGUAAGACAGCCACCAACUAUUCUCAUUGAUGAUAACAUGGUGUUGGUGUGUGCAUAGAGUAUGUUAUAUGGUGUUUCUUUGCUUACAGUAUGGUCAUGAUUGUAAGCUAAGUUAGCUUGAAAAAGAAUACAACAAUUUAUUUUCUCUUUCAGUCCUCAAGAAACAUGUCACCUACACCAUCCGCUGAGGUGAGUGCAACUCAGUACUGCGUUACACAGUAAUACACUGUACAUGUUUAGCUGCAAACGUUCAGAUUGAAUUACAAUGAAAAGAAGCUCUUGACUAUCAGUUGAUAGUGAUUGACAGGUGAUGUAACUGUGUUGUCCCUGUAGGGCUGCUAUGACAUGAGGGAACGCAUCCUUCAGAGGUCCACCAGUCAGGGCUCCAUCGGCUCACCUGUCUACAAUCGCCAUAGUUACACCCCGCUGUCACGCUCACCGCAGCAUUUUCACAGACCAGGUGAGUGUAUGCGUGUCUCAGUGUAUCACGACUCAGGAUAUGACCCAGAUGCAGACACAGGAGGCGGAUGGUUCGGUUCUCAGAAUAUUUAUUAUCACAAAGAGUCAGGUAAAAGGGCAGGUCAAGGACAAGCAGAGGUUCGUAAUCCAAGGCAGAGUCAACAAGGGACAGAACGGCAGGCAGGCUCAGGGUCAGGGCAGGCAGAAAGGUCAGAACUGGGAAGACUAGAAAACAAAACUAGAGAGAUGGUAACACACGGAAAACGGGAGACAAAGGGCUGUGAGACAAAGGUUUAAUCCUAGACACAUGGAAAGUGGGAUGUAUACGGAGGGUACGGGUCAACAGAAGACAAACAGCAGAGGGGCUAUGAACUUCAGAGAUGGGGAAUGGAGCAAUAAAAUGGGGGGAAAGUUUUUGAGACUCCACCCGGAGGGGCAAAUCACGGGUGGACAGCCAUACCCUCUGCCAGGGCCGAUAGCGGGGAGCCGGGGUCCGGUGGCGAUCUGCCUGUCGCCGAUACCUGGAGGUAGUCUUAAGAAGAGCGGACCGGGCUCUCUUCCAGGUACGCCGACUGCGGCGGACGAACAUCUGGGCCGAGGGUAUGCUGACCUUUUCCUCUUGCUCAGGGAAGAGCGGGGGCUGGUAACCCAAGGAACACUUGAAGGGCAAGAGUCCAGUGGCCGAGCAGGGAAGGGAGUUGCGGGCGUACUCCACGCACACAAGUUGCUGGCUCCAGGUGGUAGGGUUGGCAGAGACGAGGCAGCGAAGAGUAGUCUCCAGGUCCUGAUUGGCUCGUUCCGAUUGGCCGUUAGACUGGGGAUGCAACCCGGAGGACAGGCUGGCCGAUGACCCAAUGAGGGUGCAGAAUGCCUUCUAGAACCUGGACGAGAACUGAGGACCCCGAUCGGAGACCAUGUCGACCAGAAGUCCAUGGAUCCAGAAGACGUGCUGCACCAUAAGCUGGGCCGUCUCCUUGGCUGAGGGGAACUUGGGAAGGGGAAUGAAAUGUGCAGCUUUGGAAAACCUAUCCACCACAGUAAGGAUGGUGGUGUUGCCAUCUGACGGAGGGAGACCUGUGACAAAGUCCAGGGAUAUAUGGGAUCAGGGGCGAUGAGGUUGUGGUUGAAGGAGGCCAGCCAGAGCUUGCCGCAGAGUCUUGUUCUGUGAGCUCACCAUGCAGGCAGCGACGAAUGUGGAGUAGUCCGUAACCAUGGUGGGCCACCAAAACAUUGGCGGAUGAAAGCCAGGGUCCGACGAGAGCCGGGAUGACAGGUGAGUUUCGAGGAAUGGGCCCAUUCCAGGACCGGGGACUGGGACAAAUCUGGGACGAAAAUCCGGUUAGCUGGGCCCCCUUCCCGGGGUUCAGCUAGGAACACUGCUCCUUGUGGACCCGGCUCUCAAUACCCCAGACUAGUGUAGCUGCUAGACAGGAGGUAGGUCAGAUGGUGUAGCAGCGGAACUAUACAGGCGGGAGAGGGCGUCAGGCUUCACAUUCUUGGACCCAGGCGGUAGGCGAUGGUCAAAUUGAAUUGAGUGAAUAACAGAGCCCAACGAGUCUGCCUUGAGUUGAGGCGCUUGGCGGUGCGGAGAUAUUCCAAAUUCUUAUGGUCGGUCCACACUAAGAAUGGAUGUUCUCCUCCAGCGCCAUCUUGACCGCAAGAAGUUCCCAAUUUCCCACGUCAUAGUUCCUCUCAGCGGAAUCGAGACGAUGGGAGAGGAAAGCACAGGGAUGCAGCUUUUGGUCCUGGACAGAACGCUGGGACAGGACGGCCCCCACUCCAAUGUCCAAGGCGUCAACCUCCACCACGAACUGACAGGAUGGAUUAGGAUGGGGGCUGUGGUGAAACGGUGCUUCAGAUCCAGAAACGCCCGGUCAGCAGCUGGGGAGCACAUGAAUGGAACCUUGGGAGAGGUGAAUGCAGAGAGGGGGGAGGCUAGGGUGCUGUAGCCCCAAAUAAAGCGGCGGUAGAAAUUAGCAAAUCCCAGGAAACGUUGCAGCUGCACUCUGGAUGUGGGUUGGGGCCAAGCCAACACCGCUCUCACCUUGUCAGGAUCCAUCUGAAUGUUCCCUGCAGCGAUGACAUAUCCCAGAAAGGGGAUAACAUUUAUCCGCUUUAACAAACAGACUAGAAAACAAAACUAGAGAGAACACGCUGGGACAACAUUACGAACUGGCAACAGACAAACAUAAAACGCAGGUAUAAAUACACAGGGGAUAAUGGGGGGUGGAGACAAGCACAAGACAGGUGAAACUGAUCAUGGUGUGACAGUGUGUGUGUGUGUGUUUCAGUGUCAAAUCAAAUUUUAUUUCUCACAUGCGCCAAAUACACACAGUGUGUUGUGAAUGUAUUGUAAUGUUUUUAAAAUUGUUUGAACUGCCUUAAUUUUGCUGGAUCCCAGCAGCUAAUGGGGAUCCAUAAUAAUUACAAAUACAACAGGUGUAGACUUUACAGUGAAAUGCUUACUUACAAGCCAUUAACCAACAAUGCAGUUUUAAGAAAAAAUAAGUGUUAAAGUAUUUACUAAAUAAACUGCAGUAAAGAAUAAAUAAAUAAAAAGAAGAAUGAAAAAAAGAAGAAAAUAGAAAAAUAACACAUAAUUAAAGAGCAACAAUAAAAUAACAGUAACGAGGCUAUAUACAGGGGGUACCGGUACAGAGUCAAUGUGCGGAGGUACAGGUUAGUUGAGGUAAUUGAGGUAAUAUGUACAUGUAGGUAGAGAUAAAGUGACUAUGCAUAGAUAAACAGAGAGUAGCUGUUCAGGAGUCUUAUGGCUUGGGGGUAGAAGCUGUUAAGAAGCCUUUUGGACCUAGACUAGGCGCUCCGGUACCACUUGCCGUGCGGUAGUAGAGAGAACAGUCUAUGACUAGGGUGGCUGGAGUCUGACACCGCCUGGUAUAGAGAUUCUGGAUGGAAGAAAGCUUGGCCCCAGUGAUGUACUGGACCGUACACACUACCCUCUGUAGUUCCUUGAGGCCGAGCAGUUGCCAGACCAGGCGGUGAUGCAACCAGUCAGGAUGCUCUCGAUGGCGCAGUUGUAUAACUUUUUGAGGAUCUGAGGACCCAUGCCAAAUCUUUUCAGUCUCCUGAGGGGGAAUAGGCGUUGUCCUCCUCUCUUCACGACUGUCUUGCUGUGUUUGGACCAUGACAGUUCAUUGGUGAUGUGGACACCAAGGAACUUGAAACUCUCAACCUUCUCGGCCCUCCUUUUCCUGUAGUCCACGAUCAUCUCCUUUGUCUUGAUCACGCUGAGGGAGAGGUUGUUAUCCUGGCACCACCCUGCCAGGUCUCUGACCUCCUCCCAAUAGGCUGUCUCAUCAUUGUCGGUGAUCAGGCCUACCACUGUUGGUUGUGUCGUCAGCAAACUUAAUGAUGGUGUUGGAGUCAUGCUUGGCCAUGCAGUCAUGGGUGAACAGGGAGUACAGGAGGGGACUGAGCACACACCACUGAGGGGCCCCCGUGUUGAGGAUCAGCGUGGCAGAUGUGUUGUUACCUACCCUUACCACCUGGGGGCGGCCCGUCAGGAAGUCCAGGAUCCAGUUGCAGAGGGAGGUGUUUAGUCCCAGGGUCCUUAGCUUAGUGAUGAGCUUUGAGGGCACUAUGGUGUUGAACGCUGGGCUGUAGUCAAUGAAUAGCAUUCUCACGUAGGUGUUCAUUUUGUCCAGGUGGGAAAGGGCAGUGUGGAGUGCAAUAGAGAUUGCGUCAUCUGUGGAUCUGUUGGGGCGUUAUGCAAAUUGGAGUGGGUCUAGGGCUUCUGGGAUAAUGGUGUUGAUGUGAGCCAUGACCAGCCUUUCAAAGCACUUCAUGGCUACAGACGUGAGUGCUACGGGUCGUAGUCAUUAAGGCAGGUUACCUAGGUGUUCUUGGGCACAGGGACUAUGGUGAUCUGCUUGAAACAUGUUGGUAUUACAGAGUCUGUGUGUGUGUGCGCGAGCGUGCACGCAUGCAUGCAUGUAUGGUUUGUAUUGUUACUCUUUACAGGUUACACAGGUGAAAUAAUUGAAAAUAGUCUGAGAUGUACACUAGGCACUGCCUCAACACUCUUCCUUUACUAUUUUGACAAUAACAGAAUACCACUUGUUCACAACUCACAGGAGUAACAUUCAUGCCUGUCACUCUUUCUUAACCCCACCUUAAUCUUAACUCCCCACUGCAGCUGCUCUGUUGCUCUCCUCCUAUAUCUUUACUCUUCACUGACCACUCUGAUAACACUUUAUAAUAACUGUCAUGAAUAAGCAAUUAUAAAUGCUUAUACAUGUUUAAUAAUGUAAUAAUUAAAUAUUUAAGUAUUAUUAAAGUGGAACUGACAGCGUUUUAACUUCUUUGCAGAUUUGAAACAGAAUCAUAAUAUCAGUCAGAAAUAUAAAAUCCCCAGUUUGUUACAAAACCAACUUUUAAAAAUAGGUUCUAUUUGACAAAACAUUUCAUGAUGUAGAGUAAGGCAUUGUUGGCAGAAUAGAUGGAUGCAGUUCAAUGCGUAAUUAAUAUUAUUCACCAAUACUUUUCUUGGUAGUCCAACAAAUAUUGCUAUCAGGUUGUAAAUCACAGCUGUCCUGGUACAUUGUUUGCUGCCUCCAGCCAUUCGGGAUGCACUGUUUCCGUUUCAAUUACUCAAUAUUUUGGACAAAAACUGAGAAAUGUAAAGAAGACUGGGAAUGUCAAUGCAAUCAAACUAGCAAGGGCAAUGAUCACAGGCCAGUCAUAACAUGGCUAAUAGGCUAGCUUUUAUUUAGCGAGCUGAAAACACGGAGCCUAAUGUUAGCUAGCUAGCUGCUGGGUGGAUGUCAUGUCAUUGAACGAGUGGGUGAGUGCCCCCUCCUCUAUAGUUUUUUGGUGGCUAAAGCUAGAGAUGCAUGUGUCAUUUGGUUAGCUAGCAAGAAAUGUGAAUAACUUUGCUAGGUAGCUAUGCUGAACUUGAACGACUGUUAUCCACAGUUAGCAUAUCUCUUAGUUGUCAAUCAAAUGUAUUUGGCAUCGAUCAAUUGGGCGGGCAGGAAAGUUCCCAAAACGUGGGUUGAGACAAGCAUGCAUUGGCAGGCAAGCUGCAGAAGGGCGAGCAGGCUACUAUUCCCAUCAUUUAUCAGUGCAAUUUUGACGGCCAACAACAAGCUGAAAAAGUUUGGGAGGGUUUAACUACUGUUCCCUCGUUAGAUUUGAGCAAAUCUCACUCUUGCUAACAUUAGUUGUUGAUCUUGCUGUUGUUGAUGUGCAUAGGCAACAGAGAUCGUUAGCCUACCUGUUCAUGGUUGUUUGAUCAAUAGGACAGUAAAGUUUCCAAAUGUAAGUGGACUCCCGUGGUAUUUACAUAUUUGCAGAAAUCCAUGUGUAUUUUGUGGCUUUUGGCGACUGCUUUCUAAUGAUGUAAAGUCGCACUGUUGCUACAGCCUGUAAACACACAGUCCAGUUCAAAGUGAAUGAUGGCAGGCCCAUGUGGGAAAUGGCUUAUUUGUAUAUAGGCCUACUGUAGCUCUGAUUGGCUAUGGCGCACCGGUCUGUGUAGAGUCCGGUCCUUCACAAGACAGAUGUUUUUAUUCUGUUUUAAUUACUGCAGUGUCUGUUAAUUGUCCAAAUGCACGUCCGCUUUCCCACUCUAUAUUGCUAUUGAAUUUUCACAAAUGCCUUACUGUACGUCAUUCCCAAACAUGCUAUGAAAGUAUGAAAAUGUGAAAAUGACCAUAUCUAAGUGCUCACUUGUCAGAAAAUGUAAAUACAAAUUUGUCAUAUUCUUCCUGGACAAAUAUUAAUAAGAUUUAAUGUUGCUAAAAUGCUGUCAGUUCACUUUAAUGUAGAGAUAAUACUAAUGUUUCCCUUAUUCCUUAUCCCCAUCUCCCUCAAAUAGUCCUUCCUCCUCAUUUCAAGUUUCUUAAUUUCUAGUUUUGACAUGAUUCCUAUUUUCUCCCUUUUCCUCUUUUCUUCACCCUCUCUCACCUCACCUCCUCCUCUCUCCCUCCCUAACUGUGGUGGUGUGUAUCCACUAUCCUUGUGUAUAUCUGUGAUGGUGUCUACCGACUGUCUCACUCCCUUUUCGCCUCCACACCUCCGUCUUCCUCCUCCAACUCCGCUCUACAUCUCCCUUACCUGUAAUGAUGUCUUCCCAACGGCUCUGUCCCACCUGCCCUCCCUCACCACCUCUCUCCUGCAGAGGCUCUGACAGGCAUGCAGAAGCUCUGCUCCGCCCUGUGCAGUAACAGUGUGGGCUCCUCCAGCCAUAGUGACUCCCAUCCCACCUCACCUUUCAGACACCACUUCUUUCCCCAUAGCCAAGGUAAGACAGGGCCCUAGACCACAUGGUCCCUCCACUGUCCCCACUCCCCAGGCAAGCUAUGUCACCUCAGACUCUAUGGCUUAACUCAUGUCAUUUCCAUAAUCUCCUGCCCCCAUAUACUGUAGCCGUGCACAUUUGAUGUGAAACGUCUGGCAGAGCUGAGUACCCUGGUCCCAAAUCUGUUUGUGCUUUUCUUGCCAACUGACCAUAGUCUGGCAAAGAGAUCUGGGACCAGGCUAGAGACAUCUCAUCUGCUGUCAAAGUCGUAAGAUGACACAGACAUGCAGCCCAGCUCACUUACACCAAUCAAAUGUCCAGAGACUUUUACUGCACCUCUGGACAUUUUGACCCAUGUCAUGCUUUCUUUUUGUUCUGAGAGUUUGUAUUUGGCAGUGGUGAUGGCCAUGCAUGCACUUUUACAUUUUCUUUGUCACCCAAGUCACAUUACUGGCAUUCUGCCUGUUUAAUGAUCAAUGUCCAUUAUGUCUGGCUGCAUGCUUUGGAUAGGUCUCGUAUUACCUCAUGGCUACAGUAUGUAACUAGGGCUGUGGCGGUCAUUACAUUUUGUCAGCCGGUGAUUGUCAUGUAAAUACAAUGCCUUGCAAAAGUAUUCAUCCCCCUUUGCGUUUUUCCUAUUUUGUUGCAUUACAACCUGUAAUUUCAAUGGAUUUUUAUUUGGAUUUAAUGUAAUGCACAAAAUAGUCCAAAUUGGUGAAGUGAAAUGAAAAAAAUCACUUGUUUCAAAACACUGUAGCCCCUAAGAUCUGGUGCAAGUCACAUAAUUAGUUAAAUAAAGUCCACCUGUGUGUAAUCUAAGUUAAGCACCAUUAAAUCCAUAAUUAAAAAAUGGAAAGAAUAUGACACUACAAAAAACCUGCCAAGAGAGGGCCGCCCACCAAAACUCACGAACCAGUCAAGGAGGGCAUUAAUCAGAGAGGCAACAAAGACACCAAAGAUAACCAUGAAGGAGCUGCAAAGCUCCACAGUGGAGAUUGGAGUAUCUGUCCAUAGGACCACUUUAAGCCGUACACUCCACAGACCUGGGCUUUACGGGAGAGUGGCCAGAAAAAAGAAAAAAAUAAGCAAUCACAUUUGGUGUUCGCCAAAAGCCAUGUGGGAGACUCCCCAAACAUAUGGAAGAAGGUACUCUGAUCAGAUGAGACUAAAAUUGAGCUUUUUGGCCAUCAAGGAAAACACUAUGUCUGGCGCAAAACCAACACCUCUCAUCACCCCAAGAACACCAUCCAAUGUUUUUCAUCGGCAGGGACUGGGAAACUGGUCAGAAUUGAAGGAAUGAUGGAUGGCGCUAAAUACAGGGAAAUUCUUGAGGGAAACCUGUAUCAGUCCUCCAGAGAAUUGAGACUGGGAUGGAGGUUCACCUUCCAGCAGGACAAUGACCCUUUAUUAAAUUUUUAUUUAUUUAAUUUUAUUUAACCUUUAUUUAACCAGGUAAGCCAGUUGAGAACAAGUUCUCAUUUACAACUGCGACCUGGCCAAGAUAAAGCAAAGCAGUGCGAUAAAAACAACAACAACACAGAGUUACAUAUGUAAUAAAAUAAAAAAAACGUACAGUCAAUAACGCAAUAGAAAAUCUAUAUACAGUGUGUGAAAAUGCAUCCAAGAUGGCGUAGCAGUGCGGUCGUGUACUCUUGUGUGUCCGUGUAAAUAGCCUAUUUUUUUGUAUUUUUCGUACAUAUUUCCCUAUCACACUUUCAUCCUUUUACUAAAUAUACUUUCCUGCAACCCGCCUCACUCAAUGUGGAACGGAUUCUAUUAUUGACUUACCUUUUAUCUAGAAUCUCCAGUUGAAACUAGCUAGCCAGCUAACUAGCUACUUGCUAUUAGCCACCGUUAGCGGUUUUUCACCCAGAACAUCAGAUUUUCUGCCGGAAUAACUGAAUCACUGGACCUUUAACACCGGAUCAUCGCAACUAGCUAGCUGCAACCAAAUGGAUGUUGUUGUUGGCUAAUCAGCCUUGAGCUAGCCUCGAGUCAUGCCCAUCUCCCGGCUAUCUACCUCUCUGUCAACCGGACGGGACCUCCUAGAGUCGACAAGGAGCCCCGCCGAUCCAUCACGACUGGUCUGCCGACGUAAUCGUCUGUGGUUUCAACAGGCUUCCCGUUGCAACGACCACGAAGAUCCAUCUGCUAGCCCCGGCCUGCUAGCACACGCAAACAACAGCCGUGCUUCCUGCUCGUCUAUGCUAUAGCACCAAUUCGAACUGCUCUCGGACUCACUUAUUUCUGUUCACUGGACCUUAUGAUCACUCAGCUGCACAGCUGCUGCCUGCUGGACUGUUCCUUUACACGGUACCCUGUCCUGUUUAUCUCUUUAGCCUCAGCCCAAACUUUCAUCGCCAUUACCAGUUGUUGUCUUAGCUCUCUCGAAUAACACCUGUGAUUGCUUUAUGCCUCUCUCCCAUGUCAAUAUGCCUUGCCUAUUGCUGUUCCAGUUAGUUCUUAUUAUACAAUUUCACUGUAGAGCCCCAAGUCCCUCUCAAACUGCCUCAAAUAGCUCCUUUGUUCCACCUUCCAUACAGGUGGAGACCGGCUCAAUCGGUGCCUCCAGUGAUGCUAUCUCUUUCAUUGUUACCCAACGCUUAGGUUUACCUCCACUGUACUCAUAUCCUUCCAUAUCCUUGUCUGUACAUAAUGCCCUGAAUCUAUUCUACAACGCUCGGAAAUCUGCCCCCUUUAUUCUCUGUACCCAACGCACUAGAAGACCAGUUCUUAAAGCCUUUAGCCGUACCCUUAUUCUAGUCCUCCUCUGUUCCUCUGGUGAUGUAGAGGUUAACCCAGGCCCUGCAGCCCCCAGUAUCACUCCUACUCCCCAGGAGCUAUCAUUUGUUGACUUCUGUAACCGUAAAAGCAUUGUUUUUUUUCAGAAGUCUCCUCCCUAAGUUUGAGUUAUUCACUGCGUUAGCACACUCCGCCAACCCUGAUAUUCUAGCAGUGUCUGAAUCCUGGCUUAGGAAGGCCAUCAAAAAUUCAGAAAUGUCCAUCCCCAACUACAACAUUUUCCGUCUAGAUAGAACUGCCAAAGGGGGUGGAGUUGCAAUCUACUGUAGAGAUAGCCUGCAGAGCUCUAUCAUACUAUCCAGGUCUGUGCCCAAACAGUUUAGCUGCAUGUGUGAAGGAGGCUUUGUUGUGAAAUAGGAAGCCGAUUCUAGAUUUAACUUUGGAUUGGAGAUGCUUAAUGUGAGUCUGGAAGGAGAGUUUACGGUCUAACCAGACACCUAGGUAUUUGUAGUUGUCCACAUAUUCUAAGUCAGACCCGUCGAGAGUAGUGAUUCUAAUCAGGUGGGCGGGUGCAAGCAGCGUUCGAUUGAAGAGCAUGCAUUUAGUUUUACUAGCGUUUAAGAGCAGUUGUAGGCCACGGAAGGAGUGUUGUAUGGCAUUGAAGCUCGUUUGGAGGUUUGUUAACACAGUGUCCAAUGAAGGGCCAGAUGUAUACAAAAUGGUGUCGUCUGCAUAGAGGUGGAUCUGAGAGUCACCAGAAUUGUCGGCCCGAGAAUUGAACCCUGUGGCACCCCCAUAGAGACUGCCAGAGGUCCAGACAACAGGCCCUCCGAUUUGACACAUUGAACUCUAUCUGAGAAGUAGUUGGUGAACCAGGCGAGGAAGUCAUUUGUGAAACCAAGGCUAUUUAAUCUGCCAAUAAGAAUGGGGUGAUUUGACAGAUUCAAAAGCCUUGGCCAGGUCGAUGAAGAUGGCUGCACAGUACUGUCUUUUAUCGAUCGCGGUUAUUAUAUCGUUUAGGACCUUGAGCGUGGCUGAGGUGCACCCAUGACCAGCUCGGAAACCAGAUUGCAUAGCGGAGAAGGUACGGUGGGAUUCGAAAUGGUCAGUGAUCUGUUUUGUUAACUAGGCUUUCAAAUACUUUCGAAAGGCAGGGCAGGAUGUAUAUACGUCUGUAACAGUUUGGAUCUAGAGUGUCACCCCCUUUGAAGAGGGGGAUGACCGCGGCAGCUUUUCAAUCUCUGGGGAUCUCAGACGAUACAAAAGAGAGGUUGAACAGGCUAGUAAUAGGGGUUGCGACAAUUUCGGUGGCUAAUUUUAGAAAGAAAGGGUACAGAUUGUCUAGCCCAGCUCAUUUGUAGGGGUCCAGAUUUAGCAGCUCUUUCAGGACAUCAGCUAUCUGAAUUGGGGUGAAGGAGAAGCGGGGGGGGGGGGCAUGGGCAGGUUGCAGCGGAGGGUGCAGAGCUGGUGGCCGGGGUAGGGGUAGCCAGGUGGAAAGCAUGGCCAGCCGUAGCAAAAUGCUUAUUGAAAUUCUCAAUUAUCGUAGAUUUAUCGGGGGUGACAGUGUUUCCUAACCUCAGUGCAGUGGGUAGCUGGGAGGAGGUGCUCUUAUUCUCCAUGGACUUUACAGUGUCCCAAAACUUUUUGUAGUUAGUGCUACAGGAUGCACAUUUCUGUUUGAAAAAGCUAGCCUUUCCAUUCCUAACUUAUUGUGUGUAUUGGUUCCUGACUUCCCUGAAAAGUUGCAUAUCGCGGGGCUGUUCGAUGCCAAUGCAGUACGCCACAGGAUGUUUUUUUGCUGGUCAAGGGCAGUCAAGUCUGGUGUGAACCAGGGGCUAUAUCUUGUUCUUAGUUCUGCAUUUUUUGAAUGGGGCAUGCUUAUUUAAGAUGGAGAGGAAAGCACUUUUGAAGAACAUCCAGGCAUCCUCUACUGACGGAAUGAGGUCAAUAUCCAUCCAGGAUACCCGGGCCAGGUCAAUUAGAAAGGCCUGCUCGCUGUGGUGUUUUAGGGAGCAUUUGACAGUGAUGAGGGGUGGACGUUUGACCGCGGACCCAUUACGGACGCAGGCAAUGAGGCAGUGAUCGCUGAGAUCCUGGUUGAAGACAGCGGAGGUUUAUUUAGAGGGUAAAUUAGUCAGGAUGAUAUCAAUGAGGCUGCCCAUGUUUACACAUAUGGUGUCCAGGGCACAACUGGGGGCUGAGGGGGGGUCUGUAGCAAGCGGCAACAGUGAGAGACUUAUUUCUGGAAAGGUGGAUUUUUAGAAGUAGAAGCUCAAACUGUUUGGGCACAGUCCUGGAUAGUAUGAUAGAGCUCUGCAGUAGAUUGCAACUCCGCCCCCUUUGGCAGUUCUAUCUUGACGGAAAAUGUUGUAGUUCGGAAUGGACAUUUCUGAAUUUUUGAUGGCCUUCCUAAGCCAAGCUUCAGACACUGCUAGAACAUCAGGGUUGGCAGAGUGUGCUAACGCAGUGAAAAAUUCAAACUUGGGGAGGAGACUUCUGAUGUUAAUAUGCAAGAAACCGAGGCUUUUACAGUUACAGAAGUCAACAAAUGAUAGCGCCUGGGGAGUAGGAGUGAUACUGGGGGCUGCAGGGCCUGGGUUAACCUCUACAUCACCAGAGGAACAUAGGAGGAGUAGAAUAAGGAUACAGCUAAAGGCUUUAAGAACUGGUCUUCUAGUGCGUUGGGUACAGAGAAUAAAGGGGGCAGAUUUCCGGGCGUUGUAGAAUAGAUUCAGGGCAUUAUGUACAGACAAGGAUAUGGAAGGAUAUGAGUACAGUGGAGGUACACCUAAGCAUUGGGUAACUAUGAAAGAGAGCAUCACUGGAGGUACCGAUUGAGCCGGUCUCCGCGUAUAUGGGGUGGUGGGACAAAGGAGCUCUCUGAGGCUGGUUAAGCUGAACUUGGGGCUCUACAGUGAAAUUGUAUAAUAUGAACUAACCCAAACAGCAAUAGGCUAGGCAUAUUGACAUGGGAGAGAGGCAUAACGCAAUCACAGGUGUUAUUCGAGAGGGCUAAGACAACAACUGGUAAUGGCGACGAAAGUUUGGGCUGAGGCUAAACAGAUAAACAGGAUGGGGUACCGUGUAAAGGAACAGUCCAGCAAGCAUUAGCUGUGUAGCUGAGUGAUCAUAAGGUCCAGUGAACAGCACUAAGUAAGUUCGGGAGCAGAUUGUAGGUUGCUAAAGCACAGGAGCAGGAGGCACGGCUGUUGAUUGCGCAUGCUAGCGGGCCGGGGCUAGCAGAUGGAUCUUCGUGGUCGUCGCAACGGGAAGCCUGUUGAAACCACAUCAGACGAUUACGUCGGCAGACGUGGGGCUCCGUGUCGACACUAGGAGGUCCCGUCUGGUUGACAGAGAGGUAGAUAGCCGGGAGAUGGGCCUGGCUCGAGGCUAGCUCAAGGCUAACUGGUAGGUCGGGAAGUGGAUAUUAGCCAACAUCAGCCAUUCGGUUGCAGCUAGCUAGUUGCGAUGGUCCGGUGUUAAGGUCCAGUGAUUCCGGCAGAAAAUCCGAUAUGCUCUGGGUCGAUAGCACGCUGUGCAGACUGGCCGAUAAUUGUCCAGGCUAGAGCUGGCUGGUAGGUAGUGCAGGCCAUGUGGUGAAGACCGCUAACGGUGGCUUAUAGCAAGUAGCUAGUUAGCUGGCUAGCUGGCUAGUUUCAGCCGUAGGUUCUUGAUAAAAAUAAAGAAAUAAUAGAAUCCGUUCCACAUUGGGUGAGGCGGGUUGCAGGAAAGUAUAUUUAGUUAGAGGAUGGAAAGUGAGAUUGAGAAAUAUAUACGAAUAAAAUACACACCAAAAACAAAAAAACUGGCUAUUUACACGAGGACACAACACAAUACACGACCGCACUACUUCGCCAUCUUGGAAAUUGACCCUAAGCAUACUGCUAAAGCAACACUCGAGUGGUUUAAGGGGAAACAUUUAAAUGUCUUGGAAUGGCCUAGUCAAAGCCCAGACCUCAAUCCAAUUGAAAAUCUGUGGUAUGACUUAAAGAUUGCUGUACAACAGUGGAAACCAUCCAACUUGAAGGAGUUGGAGCACUUUUGCCUUGAAGAAUGGGCAAAAAUCCCAGUGGCUAGAUGUGCCAAGCUUAUAGAGACAUACCCUAAGAGACUUGCAGCUGUAAUUGCUGCAAAAGGUGGCUCUACAAAGUAUUGACUUUGGGGGGGUGAAUUCUGUUUUUUUGUCUUAUUUCUUGUUUGUUGUGUAAAUCAAAUGAUUCAAACCCCCCCAAAAUAAAUUUUAAUUCCAGGUUGUAAGGCAACAAAAUAGGAGAAAUGCCAAGGUGGGUGAAUACUUUCGCAAGCCACUGUAACUGACGGUCUCACGGUAAUUGACCGUUAAUGAACAUAAAUACAUUUAGCAUCUCCUGGCUUCCACGCAUAGCCUACAAGCCACUGAUGCGGACCUUUGGAAAUAAAAUACCUCAUGCCUUAUUGCUUAAAUAGAGCACUGAGUACCAAGUUAUUAGCGACUUGCAGUUAGCAAGUUUGGUAGGCUACUAAUGACCAUCAGCGGCAUCAGUGCGCAGUAUUGGAGAAGCCUAGUUACCCUGACUAAACGGUCAUGUGGAAUUUGACUGCGGUCAUGACUCGUGACCACUAGUGUGGCGGUAAUACGGUCACCGUAACAGCUCUAUAUGUAACUAACCUCCAUAGUGUGACUAACUGAUUUGGUAACACAGGAUUCUUCAAUCAUUCUCAAAAUUUGAUUACUCUUUCAGUCCCCUUGCGUCCAUUUUUAUGCUUUAUCCUAAUCUCACAUGCCAGACUUUACAGCUAUAUGCAAUACUCCCUCGUCUGGCUCUGCGAGAUUAGCUUUUUCCAAACGUAUGUUUUCCAUAUCGUUGCCCUGCUUACGUUUUGUUCUUGGUUCUUCUCAUUGGAGGCACUGAUCCACCUAGCGGGCGGAGCUCCUCUAUACCCCAAAGGCCAGACAGCCGGCCUGUCACUCCGCCUCUCUCUCUGACCCCUAAACAUUUCCACCUCCCAGGUAGGAGACACACGGAGCGCACCCUAUCACUGUCACUGCUACUGGUCACCUGAGACCUUUUAUAUCUCUCUGUCUCUUUUAUUGCUCUCACUCACUUCACUUCUCUCUACCACUUUUCCAUUUCAAUAACGCUUUUGGUUGAGUCCAUUAAAGGAUGCUUGCACUUAGUGUGCCCUUUUCACCAGUCACAUCACGAAUAUAAGACUCUCUGGAUAAAAUAAUUGAUUUUAAUGUAAAUUUGUAUGUAAAUGCUGGUGCUUAUUGUUUCACUGUGUUUUACAGUGUGAUUGUGAAGACACCCUCACUCUGUCUCUGUGGUAUUUUUCAUGAGUCAUUUCACAAUGCCCUCUGUGUCACUGGAAAAGUGUUUGAUACGUAUACAUGAAAUGCAAAAGACUGAGUUUUGUCUUUCUCCCUUUCAGAUCAGGGGAUCAACAUUUACAGGAAACCACCCAUCUACAAACAACACGGUACAUUCACUCUUUGCGACCUGGUUUCACCAGCAUUAACAGCAUCAUUAUUGUUAUGAAUACUUAUACUGAUACUAUUAUCCCCAAAUAGUGUCAUGAGCCUCAUUGGCUAUAACAAUAUCGAUAAGCUUAGCUUAGGUUGACUCAUAAAACUCAGUCCCUGUGGUUAUAUCUGUGGUGCGGGCGGGUUUAGGGUCAUGAAAUACUGUGUGGAUCAGCUGUUUGUUCACCCGCCUGCAAUUGCUAAUAACCCAUCCGCAACUGCCCGACUAUAUGUGAUAAAGUGAAUAUCUGAGGCCCACACCUGACCCUAACCCGCUAAUAUAGAACAUGUGGCUAAAUGUAGGCUAAAAGCUGAUAGUAUCAACCACAUAAAAUAUGCAUCCAAGCCGAACUGAAAUCUUAUCAAAAACAUGUUGGGUCAUUUUAACAGCUUUUAAUUUCUUUAAAACUGGUCAAACUGUUGUCAUUUGGAAAUGUUGCACAAAAAAUCGUUCCCAUUUUUGUAUUUUUUAUUGCAUUUUCUCCCCAGUCCCUAUAAACAUCUUGCAGAGAUGAAAGAGGAAAGAGAAAACAAACUUUACCGAUGUCAACUAGAUUGAAGCAUUCAUUCUAUCGAUUUAUGACAUUAUUCUGGUGAGCAAGGGUUAAUUUAGUCUUCUAGGCAACAACUAAUGACAGAUGAGAAGCUGCAUGUAUCUAAUUAUAGACAAGUUGACUAAAAAAUAGCUUCCCAAAAUGUUGGAAAUUAUAAGCAGAAACAUGGGCCUAUCUAAAAAGGACUGUACAAUGCAUUUUCUAUAUUUACAGGUCAGGAUCAGGUGCAGGCCUCAGAUUUUCCCUUUAUCACAUAUAGUCGGGCGGUUGCGAAAGGGUUAUUAACAAUUUGCGGGCGGGUGCGGGUGAACAAACAGCUGACCCGCACAUCACUAUUAGCUAUACAAAGCAGCACCUAACCUCUAAAGGUAUAGGGUCCUUUCAAUUAUGGUUUAUUUGUUUGGAUAGAAAUCACGUUGCUCUGUACACCAUUUACUGUGCCCACUUCCAAUGUCAAUGUGUCAAUACUUUUUGAAGUCUCUCUCUGACCAAACACUUUCUGAACACUUUCUGAGCAUCUAACGCCUAAGCAAAAUAUCAAGGCAUGUGAGCGAGCCUACAGCAUAUCCAAAAAUCUAAAAAGAAGGUUCAAGAUGGCAACUUAAUUCAUAUCAUUUCUAUCAACAAUAGAGCCUACACUUUCUAUCGCCAUUUUAAACUUCUAACGCGGUAGGGAUAAUAAGGAAGGGAGUGGUUGAUGACACACAAGAGCAGCCGUUCACCAACACCUCCAACCGCUAUUCGGAUGUCGGCCAACGCAGGUUAAUGCUCAAUCUGAUUGCAUCGAGGCCUAAAUUGCCCUCCUGAACCGUCUUUCAAGAUUUUAUUUUUACAUUCCUAGGACGGAGCACACCUUCAGCCGUGCAGAUAAUAUUAUAUAUAUUUGUUAGAGCGCCAGCACACUACAGCAUUUGGAAAGUAUUCAGACCCCUUGACCUUUUCCACAUUUUGUUAUAUUACAGCAUUAUUCUAAAAUGGAUUACAUUUAAAAAACAGAAAUACCUUAUUUACAUAAUUAUUCAGACCUUUUGCUAUGAGACUCGAAAUUAAGCUCAGGUGCAUCCUGUUUCCAUUCAUCAUCCUUGAGAUGUUUCUACAACUUGAUUGGAGCCCACCUGUGGUCAAUUCAAUUGAUUGGACAUGAUCUGUCUAUAUAAGGUCCCACAGUUGACAGUGCAUGUCAGAGCAAAAACCAAGCUAUGAGGUCAAAGGAAUUGUCCGUAGAGCUCCGAGACAGAAUUGUGUCGAGGCACAAAUCUGGUGAAGGGUACCAAAAAAUGCCUGCAGCACUAAAGUCCCCAAGAACACAGAGGCCUCCAUCAUUCUUAAAUGGAAGAAGUUUGGAACCACCAAGACUCUUCCUAGAGCUGGCCGCCCGGCCAAACUGAGCAAUCGGGGGAGAAGGGCCUUGGUCAGGGAGGUGACCAAGAACCCGAUGUUCACUCUGACAGUGCUCCAGAGUUUCUCUGUGGAGAUGGGAGAACCUUCCAGAAUGACAACCAUCUCUGCAGCACUCCACCAAUCAGGCCUUAAGGGUAGAGUGGCUAGACGGAAGCCACUCCUCAGUAAAACGAACAUGACAGCCCGCUUGGAGUUUGCCAAAAUGCACCUAAAGGACUCUCAGACCAUGAGAAACAAGAUUUUCUGGUCUGAAGAAACCAAGAUUGAACUCUUUGGCCUGAAUGCCAAGCGUCACGUCUGGAGAAAACCUGGCACCAUCCCUAUGGUGAAGCAUGGUGGUGGCAGCAUCAUGCUGUGAGGAUGUUUUUCACCGGCAGGGACUGGGAGACUAGUCAGGAUCGAGGCAAAGAUGAAAGGAGCAAAGUACAGAGAGAUCCUUGAUGAAAACCUGCUCCAGAGCGCUCAGCACCUCAGACUGGGGCGAUGGUUCACCUUCCAACAGGACAACGACCCUAAGCACACAGCCAAGACAAUGCAGGAGUGGCUUUGGGACAAGUCUCUGAAUGUCCUUGAGUGGCAAAACUGUUUUUGCCCUGUCAUUAUUGGGUAUUGUAUGUAGAUUGAUGAAGGAACAAAACAAUUUAAUCAAUUUUAGAAUAAGUCUGUAACGUAACAAAAUGUGGAAAAGGGAAAAAGGUCUGAAUACUUUGCCAAUGCACUGUAUAUAACCUAUGUACAAUUCUGAAUAAUAGGUGUAAGUGUAAAGUUACGGGAUUAUUUUGAUCUUUACCAUGUAGAGAUUAUCACACAACAUUUCAGACAGAUGAUGUUGAAAUGUUCAGCUGUAGUUCAGGGGACUUACUUAGACACUGAUAGUCCAGUUCCCCUGGUUACCAACCUAGUUUCACCCUCACCAAAAAGAAAGUCUGCUGAUGAAAUCAUCAGAUCCGCUACAUUUCCUGCCGCCAAUGUCCCCCCUCUGGAUGACACAUCAUCGAGCGAGUGCGACCACUGGCCCCCCUACGCUCCCUCCCUGGCCCUGGCUGCCUUAGAUAGAGUAGGCUCCCUAUGAGCAUGCUUGCACUGCCCCACCUCCCAACCCUUAGAGGCUCACUACCCGUAACCAAACCCUGAACUUCGCCCUCUCCAGAAACAACCACUAGUCCCUACCCCCUAGACAUUUGUGGAGAACUGAGAGGAUUUGAUAGGUUUGAACAAUAUGCCAAUAGCUCCCUCUGAUAGACUAGGUGUAAUAUCUGCCAUAUCCUCUCAGAUUUCCACAAGUGUCUAGGAUGUAGGGGUUGGGGUUCUUUAUGAAUAGGACAGAAUAUCACUCUUAUUCACUUGUAGCUUAAACCCACCACAAAGUUUUGACGCGGGAACACAGACUUUUACAAUUAAUUUGCUGAAUUUUGCGCAAUGCUGAAUAGUGUCUCCUUUAAAGGCUAUUGUUGUUGGCGUCAUGUCACUUCUUGCUUACUAGAUCGAUUGAUUGAUUGAUAUACAGGUAACUGCCAAAAUAAAGGAAACACUUUAGUAAAUGAGGGAUAGAAAGUAUAUUGAAAGCAGGUGCUUUCACACAGGUGUGGUUCCUGAGUUAAUUAAGAAAUGAACAUCCCAUCAUGCUUAGGGUCAUGUAUAAAAAUGCCCAGUUGCCCAUUAUAAUUUUUUAUAUUUUUGAAGGGGGUGUGUGUAUGUGUCUCAGUCACCAUAUGAUCUCAAUCCAAUUGAAAACUUGUGGUAAAUUCUGGAGCGACGCCUGCGUUUUCCACCACCAUCAACCAAACACCAAAUUAUGGAAUUUCUCAUGGAAGAAUGGUGUCGCAUCCCUCCAAUAGAGUUCCAGACACUUGUAGAAUCUAUGCAAAGGCACAUUACAGCUGUUCUGGCGGCUCAUGGUGGCCCAACGCGCUAUUUAUAUCGGUGUUUAUUUUAUUUUGGCAGUUACCUGUACCUACACCAUUCACAAAUGACUUGGACAGAGCUAACUGAGACUGGCCUCAAACUGACUUGUCUUCCUGCACAGUUUUUUUUGUGUGUUUUAAACUAAUAGUAAAAAGCUAAUCUUGUGAAGACUGUUGUAAUGUCUGUGUUAACAUUCAGUGCAGCUGAGUAGUUGUACUGCCUUGGUGUUGUCUGUGUGUAUGUCUAGUCAACUCUGUCUCUCAUUUGUUUUCUCCCACACUCCUGUUGCUCAUAUCUUCGUUCUUCAACCCCACUGCAAUGGCUGGAAAGAGAAAUCCUACAGCACUUUUGUAAAUCCUUUUAAAAAUCCUGUACAGUACUUUUGUGAAUGUGAUAUCCACGGAUGGAAGCAUUCUAUAAUGCAUUCUGUUAUAGUUUUGGACAGUCUCGUUUUACUGUAUCUAGCACUGCUCCUCGGUCAAGAUGCCUUUAGUUCACACACAAUGAUAAGGACCUGUGUGUGUCUGUGUCUGUAUCUGUGCGUCUGGGAGUGUGCGCGCGCAUGUUUUGUUGGCUCAUUUGUGGGUUGUGUAUGCCACUCAUAGGAUCAGAAGGAGGAAGGAGACGGUCUAGGGAAGAGGAGGAAGAGGAGGCCCUGAAGAGAAAGCAGCUCCAGGAGGAGCAUAUCAACAAGGUUAGAGAAGGCACAUUCAUACACCUAUUCCCACAAUAACACCCACAAACAUACACUGGCCCAGGUAGGCAGCUCUGCUCUACUAUUGUAUGUUCGUAAAACGUUAUUUCUGCAGGUAUAAUGCUUUAAACUUAUCAGAAGCAUGUACAAGCCUUUAUAUUGUCUUAUAAUAAGGUUUAUACUACGUUAUGUCUCUGUAUGUAUCAACAUUUUAACUGACUCAAAAUAGCUGGUAUUUAGUAAGGAUCAUUAUUAGAUCAAAAAACAUAAGAUGGUCAUACAUCCUCAUGACAAGUCGUACAGUGCAUUAUAACUUGAUCAUAAUGCGUUAUACCUACAGGCUUUAAAGAGGCACUGAACACGCCGUUUGGCAUGUGUGUUUUUCAGUUGCUCAUUAGAAAAACUAGAUUUCAGUCUCGGAGGUAUGUUUCCUGACCGAUUCCGCGUUUGGUUAAUUAUGUUUGUCCCCCAUGAGACACUGUAGAUGCAGAAGCCUAUUUCACUUUCUCAAAAUCCACAGAAUGAACCUAAGAAAAUCCGUAAUUCAUUUAGAUGUUUUUGCCGAGGUGUUUGGUGCAGUAUUUCUCAAGUAAAAAAUAUGCAACAUGUUGUCUUAUGUAAACAAAGUCAGGCUGCUUGGCAGGUCUGUCUCACUGUCUAUGCUAUUGGAUAGAGAGCAAUCACCGCAGCUGUUCACCCCAUCUUAGUGGGCAAAUAUAAAUGUACGUCAAAUCAAAACCCAACCUUAAUUUAGCCGUUGUGACGGAUGUUCCAAACUCCGUUUUAGACAAGACUGACUUUAUGACCAAAAUUAUCCUAUUUACACAUUUCUGACACUAGAAUAACUGUUUCUGACUCAUAUCGAUGCCACAGAGGCCAUUUUCAAAGGGAUUCGUUGCUUUUUAAAGGCAGUUGCUCUUUAAGUUAAGUUUUACGACAAUGUUCUGUGUGUCCACAGAUCCAGUCUGGUUUGGGGAAGCUGAUAAUGAAGGAGGAGAAUGAGAAAGAGCAGAUCAGGGAACGUCGCGCACGCAGCCAGUCAGCUCAGCGCUAUGACCCCCAGCAGACCAAUUGUGAUGGAGGUAUGUUCUGACCAACCUCACCAUAUAGUAACUAGCACAUUGUUUAGAAAAACCACAUCAAAUGAGCUGUAAAGAGGGAAGCAUCGUAAAAUCAUGAAAUAAGGGAUGCUGGGAGUCUCAGAAUGGAUUGCGCCUUGCGUAUGACUUGUGCCUAACAUGCUGACCAUACCACCCACGUUGCAUGCGCAAGCGUUGCAAAAUAAAUGUACACAUACAUGUUAUUCAAUCAUUUCAUCAAAAUUGCUUGCACGCUUCAACGAGCGUCUGCGUAGCCAGGCGCGAACUUGGUUCUAUUUUUGAAGCUUGACUCGCUGCAAGUCCCGCCUCUCCAAUCUCCUCAUUGGUUUUUAGGAGCAUAUACCCACGUGGGUGAUUGAAAGAUGAAUUGAGGUCCACACGCCAGUCCAGUUAGUAGCGGUAAUGCACCUUAAAAUUGGUUGCCAACCACCAUAUAAAGUCCACAGGAGAAGAAGAAGAAGACUGAAGAAGGAGAGAUUACUAGAAACUAACUAGGUAUCCCUUUUUAUCUGUGGAUUAAUUGUCGGAGAAGAGAACAAACGAUUUUGAAUGACUAAAAAUGGGUUCAAAUUCAACAACGAUCCAGAAAAAAAUGAACUUGAGCAUUUCAGGUAAAAUAACAACCCAAUGUUUAUAUCCCAGGACAAAUUAGCUAGCAACAGCAAGCUAGCUAGCUAAAUGUCCAUGAAUUUUCAUGUGUUUCAACCUGUCUCCAAAUUAAUAUAGUUGGUUCAGAGUUCGUUUUCAUAUUUCAACCUGUGUGUCCUGAUCGUGUCUGGUGUGGAUGGACAAAACAAACAUGCGCGCGCAUGCCCGGUCUAGUCAGUAUGUAAUAAAGGUGAGAAUGGUCAGUUAAGUUCAUACCAAUGAUCCAAAACAGCAGAUCAUAUUGAAUGUUAAAUAUUGAAUGUUAAAAUGGAUUCAAUGAACAAUCUGUAAAAUAUGGUAAUCAGCGCGCUAUCCACCCUGAAACUGCUGAGUUUCCUCAGGAAGAACAGGCGCUGAUUUCCCUUCGCACAGAUAGCAUCCACAUUGGCCUCAAAACUCUGUUUGCUUUCAAGGAAAGUGCCAAAGUAUUUGUAUUGCUCAACGAUCUCCACUGGCUCACCAUCAAUCAGAGUCUGCAUUGGUGGCAGGGAGCUCCUCCGGAUAUCAAUAGCCAUAUCCUUGGUCCAUACUCCUCCACCACUGGGCCAUGGCUCACCUCCUCAUCCUGUAAAAGACUCACGAUAACCACGUAAUCUGCAAAUGUAAUGAUAUGUCUAGAGUCGUGAUUACUCUGACAAUCAUCAGUGCACAAAACAAACAACAGAGGGUAAAGGACAUACCCCCAGGAGGAUACUGUGCCGGAUAGGGAACUGUUGACUCUCACCCUUUGAGUUUGGUUGGUUAAAAAGUCAAUCAACCAGCUGACUACUGUACUGUAUGUUAAAAUCAAGAUCAAAAUUGGACAAAGGCCUCUCUGCUAAGACGUGGUUGUAUACAAUAAAAAUCAGAAGGGAAGUCAACAGAUAGUAGUCUGGCAUGGGUCUUACUUCCCUCAAGAUGUUUAAGGACAUAGUUAAGAAGAGUGAUGGUUGUAUCUUCCACCCCUCUCAAUACCCACCCCUAUCAACAUAACAAACACCAUUUUGGGGGUUUUCCGCUGCAGAAUGUUUUGAAACCUUUUGAUAUGGUGUGCACCAAUAAAUACCAUCCUGGUAAGGUCCAACCUCAAAAGCAACCCUAUCAAAUAAACAGCAUGAACCAUUCAAACUAUAGGACAGCCAAAUUGAUCUUAGUUUCAACCUUUCAGAUGAUUCCAAAACCUCAUCGCUGCCUGGUUAUGGACGGAAUGGAUUACACCGGGUAAGAUCAGACGCUUCACAUAUCAGAUAUCACAACUAUUGAUUCACUCCAACAAUAAAAUCGAUCUAAUCAAUAAUUGAUUAAUGUGGAUGGGUUCCACUUAUAGGCUUUGACUGAUAAAGUGUUGUUGAUCAUAUUGUUCAUAGAAACGUGUGAUCGCUGUUGUUACAAUACUGUCUCUGCCCCUACAGCCUCAGUCUACAGAUUUCACUCAGUACAACAGCCAUGGGAACAUGUGUGGGGGAGGAAGAGGUGAGUGUUGCUCAACAAAUAAAUAUGUGGUUAUAUUCACAGCUACUUCUACAUCUACAUACAAUUUCAAUAUUCUUAAAGCUACAAUCUGGGAUUAGUUUUUUUCAGCAAAAUGACAGCCCUGCCACUUGUUUUGGUAUACAGUUGAGGAAUGGGGCUUGGGAAAUGUAACCCCUCCCAGAUCCCAGAUUGUACCUUUAACUGAUUAUCUAUAGUAAAUAAGCCACCCAAUUAUUGAGCAGUCAGAUUUGGAAAUAAUGUAGUGUUUCUUUCAGAUUUAAAUGAUAAAUUGUACAGGAAAAACAUUAACUGUGAGUCUCAUUUUCUGUCCCAUUUUGUCUUGCAGAGUUUCAGGUAUGUCUCUCAUUUGCUUAUCCACAAAUGCCUUUCAUUAUGCGUUUUCAUUUUGCAUGUGUUUGCUCACUCUAUACCCAGGAUCGCAAACUUCAUGUUAUCCUGAAUGUCAACCCACUCCUGCUAAAUGCCUGCAUCACUGUUGGCUAUCCCAAACUGUAUUGAAUGCAUUGCAGUGACCCUGAAUGCUCCUGUCAAGGAACACAUACAACACUGCUCAGACAUGUUUCAGUCUCACUGUGACUAGAUAGAACCACUGUACUGUACAUACAAUGUAGAAUGAUCUUUGUCUCAUUGCCUGUUUUAUUAGUUGUUGUUCCGAAAUGUCUCCAGUUGUCACUAAAUGUCUCAUUUAGUUACAUAUUCAAUUGCAAACUGUAACAGUCCUCUUGACUGUGAAACGUUGAGGUGUCACAAGUGUAGUUAACCUAAGAGCCAAUUGAUAGGAAUUGUAUCAAAAGAAUGCCAAUCUUUGAGAGCCAUAACCUAUUACCGACAGCCAAAAGUACUGCAGUGACCAUAAGUACCAGUAUGCCGCUCUAUAUGAUGGGAAUAAGAUACAGUAGCUGGGAUAGUAGUAGAUAGCCAUGGUAGAUGUAUCUCGGUUCCAUACCACUAUAUUACAUGUGUGUGUAUGUUCUAUCCUGUAGCACAUAAGGGAUGGCAGUGCUGCAGUAACAAGAAUGGACAGGGGAGUAUCUAUGCCUAAUAUGUUGGAACCAAAAGCAAGUAUAAUUUUUUUUUAAAUAUAAUUUAUUUAUAAAGAUUUUGAAUUUACCUGAUGUAUGUGCCCUAUCCUUAUUAAUAUAUUUCACUGAAAUUCCAAUUUUUUAAAUGUAUACUUUACUACAAAAAUGAAUAUGCUGUAUGCUACAAAAACGAAUAUGCUGAGUCAGUAGAGAGUGAGCUCCAAGUGAGCUUGGCACAUCGGAAACACAGCACACAUUGGGUGAUAUAAUAGAAGGAAUAGUGAGGUAAACCUCAUCACCUAUAACAGGAGGAAUAUGAUUGGUGGUGUGUCUCAUAAUAUCACCACUAACUACCUACAGUAUGCAGCUGGUAGUGAGUUCCUUCAUGGGUUCCUGUAACCAAAGGCAGCCCCUCUAAAGUACUAAAUCUCCCAUGAGGCUAUGGCUGUGCUGCAGUCCAGACAGGAGCUAGUGAACUGAGUCACCUCUCGCUUAGCAUGUCGGCUUCUCCAUGCUCAUUCGCACAUGGCUUCAAUACAGACUGUAUGUAACAUACAGUGGAAAAUCCAACACCAAAUGUGUCUUUGAAACAACUUUAUGAAGGAGAGACACCUUCAUUGUUGGAUUUUCAUGAUUGGUGUGGCUACUAUGAGUUGGUCAGAUAGAGAAAAAAAGCACAAGAAUCACUCCUUGUUGCUUAUUUAGAGCAUUUCAGUAAGAUCUUGCAAAACUCUCACUCUAAAUUCCAAUGGAUCUCAUCUAGGUGUGUUUAUGUACUAGGCCUAACAUAAGUUAGCUGUAAAGCCCACAGUAUAGCUGCUUUCCAGGACUCGAUAUCUAUGUCUUGACAAUUUCAUUGAAAAGAAUUGUCUAACACUUACAGUUCUGUAUCUAUUUUGUAACUUAACACAUUUUUGGGUCACAGUUAGUUCUCUGAAAAUGUGGAUCUGUAGACUAAUAUAGUCUAUUUAUCUAGUCAGUUGGCUGGAUAUCCUUUGGGUGGUGGACCAUUCUUGAUACACACGGGAAACUGUUGAGAGUGAAAAACCCAGCAGCGUUGCAGUUCUUGACACAAACCGGUGCGCCUGACACCUACUACCAUACCCUGUUCAAAGGCACUUAAAUCUUUUGUCUUGCCCAUUCACCCUCUGAAUGGCACACACACAAUCCAUGUCUCAAUUGUCUCAAUCCUUUUUUAACCUGUCUCCUGACAUCAAUAAGGGAUCAUAGCUUUCACCUGGAUUCACCUGUUCAGUCUAUGUCAUGGAAAGAGCAGGUGUCCUUAAUGUUUUGUACACUCGGUGUAGAUGUUUUGGUAAUAAGCAGAGCACUAAUGCACGUACCUACACAACGAUACUGGCAUCAUGCACCUCCCUAUCAACUGAUACCCUUAUAGUUGAGCUCCCAGGGUCUAUAGCCCCAUCAGCCCUCUAUUACAGCCCUCACUCACAAUCUCCUGUCACACCUGUUGUCCAUACCCAGUGUUGCCCUGUCUCAGACAAGACUAUCAGUUUUGAACAUACUAUAACUGUAAAAAUGAUGCCCUAUCGAAUCAAAUGUGGAUACCCGAUUUCUGCGGUAUCUCAAAAAUAUGAUCAUGCGCUGUCUGCAGCGAUGAAUGUGUGGAUUCAUGUACUCAAUAAAAUAAUUACAGCCUAAGUAUUCUUUCCCCUUUUGGAAAUACAGUGCAUUCCGAAAGUAUUCAGACCCCUUUACUUUUUCCACAUUUUGUUACAUUACAGCCUUAUUCUAAAAUUUACUAAAUUGGUUUUUUCCCUCAUCUAUCUACAGACAAUACCCCAUAAUUACAAAGCAAAAACAGUUUUUUGGAAAUUGUCGCACAUUUAUUGAAAAUAAAAAAAUGAAAUAUCACAUUUACAUAAGUAUUCAGAUCCUUUACUCAGUACUUUGUUGAAGCACCUUUGGCAGCGAUUACAGCCGCGGGUCUUCUUGGGUAUGACACUACAAGCUUGGCACACCUGUAUUUGGGGAGUUUCUCCCAUUCUUCUCUGCAGAUUCUCUCAAGCUCUGUCAGGUUGGAUGGGGAGCGUCCCUGCACAGCUAUUUUCAGGUCUCUCCAGAGAUGUUCGAUUGGGUUGAAGUCCGGGCUCUGGCUGGGCCACUCAAGGACAUUCAGAGACUUGUCCUGAAGCUACUCUUGCUUUGUCUUGGCUGUGUGCUUAGCGUCGUUGUCCUGUUGAAAGGUGAAUCUUCGCCCCAGUCUGAGGUCCUGAGCGCUCUGGAGCAGGUUUUCAUCAAGGAUCUCUCUGUACUUUGCUCCUUUCAUCUUUGCCUCGAUCCUGACUAGUCUCCCAGUCCCUGCCGCUGAAAAUCAUCCCCACAGAAUAAUGCUGCCACCACCAUGAUUCACCGUAGGGAUGGUGCCAGGUUUCCUCCAGACGUGACGUUUGGCAUUCAGGCCAAAGUGUCUUGGUAUCAUCAGACCAGAGAAUCUUGUUUCUCAUGGUCUGAGAGUCUUUAGGUGCCUUUUGGCAAACUCCAAGCGGGCUGUCGUGCCUUUUACUGAGGAGUGGCUUCCGUCUGGCCACUCUACAAUAAAGGCCUGAUUGGUGGAAUGCUGCAGAGAUGGUUGUCCUUCUGGAAGGUUCUCCCAUCUCCACAGAGGAGCUCUGGAGCUCUGUCAGAGUGACCAUCGGAUUCUUGGUCACCUCCCUGACCAAGGUCCUUCUCCACCGAUUGCUCAGUAUGGCCAGGCAGCCAGCUCUAGGAAGAGUCUUGGUGGUUCCAAACUUCUUCCAUUUGAGAAUGAUGAAGGCCACUGUUCUUGGGGACCUUCAAUGCUGCAUGUUUUGGUACCCUUCCCCAGAUCUGUGCCUUGACACAAUCCUGUUUAGGAGCUCUACGGACAAUUCCUUCGACCUCAUGGCUUGGUUUUUGCUCUGACAUGCACUGUCAACUGUGGGAUCUUAUAUAGACGGGUGUGUGCCUUUCCAAAUCAUGUCCAAUCAAUUGAAUUUACCACAGGUGGACUCCAAUCAAGUUGUAGAAACAUCUCAAGGAUGUUCAAUGGAAACAGAUGCACCUGAGCUCAAUUUCGAGUCUCUUAGCAAAGGGUCUGAAUUCUUAUGUAAAUAAGGUAUUUGUUUUUAAUUUUUAAUGUGCAAACAUUUAAAAAAAAAAAAAGUUUUUUCGCUUUGUCAUUAUGGGGUAUUGUGUGUAGAUUGAUGAAAAAACAUGUUUUAAUAAAUUUUUGAAUAAGGCUGUAACGUAACAAAAUGUAGAAAAAGUCAAGGGGUCUGAAUACUUUCCGAAUGCACUGUAUCUCAAAAAUCUAGUAUCCAGGUUUGAUUGAAUUGGGUCCUCAGUCAGUUUUGAUGGCCCCUUGGUCUAUCUUUCAACAGUCUCCUUUUGAAGCUUAAUUCAAUAUUGACUUCAUUUACUGACUAGUGUCUCCCUUUGAAGGUCGUACCAUAUGAAAUGCUCAUGAUAACCAGUAGAGGGCGAGCUAAACUUCCCAGGGAGGUGGACAGAACAAGACUGGAGGUAUCAUUUGAUUUCUGCAUGUGUGUGCAUGAAUGCUACACAAAUACUUAGUGAGGAAAGUACAGAAUCCAUAGAUCCAUAUAGCUUCUUGAGAGUUUUUCAAUGACCUUAUAGGAGCGUAAAUGCUAACCACAACAUCCCCCCUUCCCCUCCUCCCCCUCCUUCUUUUCUCAACCUCUCUUCUCACUCUAGCGCCACUUAGCCCCAGAAACGUUCUUUGACAUCUUUGGGAUGGAGAUCCAGGAGUUUGACAGGCUUCCACUGUGGAAACGCAACAACAUGAAAAAGAAGGCCAAGCUCUUCUAG